AUGAAUUAUAAGCUGAUCCAAAAAGGGUGGAAAAAUUUCCAGGACGGGCUAAAGAAUGAUUUCAAAGAACCCAACGAGGCUGUCAUCCGAUCAGAAGAGCAGUAUCAACAAAUGCAGGAUGACAUAGACAGUCUAGAGGAUCGAGCAGAACGCCAAAUAAUCAAAAUUUCCGCUUUGACGUCUAAGCUUCACAACGAACAAAAGAACAGUCACAAGCUCAAAGAAUCCAACAACAAAGUGCUGCUGGCGAUGGAGAACAAGAACUUGUUCGUAGGACGUCAAGACAGCGAUGAAACCGUGAUCUCCCAGUUCGGCUGGCUCAUCGGCCAGAUCAAGACCUGGUCGGUUCCGUUUGCAGGCGAAGAGCGGACUCUCCCGCCUUCCGGAUAUCCUCCCAUUCAUGCAGAGAGUAUUCGAAGAAUAGCUCCAAAUGUCAAAGACAUAGGACGUUUCCUGCAAAGCCCCAAGUGUGCUCGAUUGUUUGUGCGAGGAUGGGUCAGCCUAGUCAUGACCGAAACCUUGUUCCGAACGUUGCCUAUCGACUCGAAGUCACAAAUACCAAAAGAGGAUAUUUGGAUGGAAAGCAGUUUAGCUGAUGCUGUCCACACGAUUGAGAUGAAUUUACUCCACGCUGAUCGGCAGUCCGUGACCCUCCGUGACCUUCAUGACUGGAGGGCUUUAACUACAAGCCUGGUGUCCAAACAGAUUUCUAAAAACAAAACUAGCAAUGAUGUGGAGAACAAAGUCAAUGAAUGCCUAAAGCGCAUCAUGGAUGUUGUGGGACCACUAGCACCCGAGGGCAAAAUCGCGCAACUAGAGCACGAUUUGCAUGGUCUCCUCUUACAAGCAGUGAAGCUGUCACAGACUCUGCGUUGCCAGAGAGCGUCCUGGUCAGUCCGGCAUGUGGUGUCUCUCGAGGCAGCAUCGUUGGAUGGGCCAGUGGUAUUGGACGAUUCCAUUAUGGAAGAUGUGCCCAACGACAGGGACCAUGAGAGUGAUAUCAGCCGUGUUCCAUAUAGAAUCGUCGAGGUUGUUGUAACUCCUGCACUUUUCAAAAAGGGAAACACCGAUGGCGAGCAAUAUGACGUGGAGAGCUGCGUCGGGCAGGCUGAGGUGAGGUCAAAGGCACCUGCAGUUGUGACCAAUUCAGGUGAUCGGAAACGGAGGAAUCAUAAAUGA